AUGUCGAUAGUAAACAUUCCAAAGAGCAAACAAGACCAACACUACAGAUACAAGAGACAAACUGUGGAGUUGAAGAUUGAAGGUAAAGGAAACGGUAUUAAAACCGUGAUUCCCAAUAUGAAGGAGGUAUCAGAUUCGUUGAACGUACCAAUGGAAUGGCCAAUCAAAUACUUCGGACUUGAAUUGGGAGCACUCGGUAGUACUAAGAACGAUAAAGCCGUCAUCAAUGGUAAAUACGAUUUUGCACAAGUAGAAGAGGUUCUUGAGAACUUUAUCGCCAAAUUCUUGUUGUGUUCCAAGUGCCAUCUUCCUGAAUUGGAUUUUACAAUCAAGAGCAACAAGGACGCAAUUCAAACAACAUGUAGAGCCUGUGGUAAUCAUGGACAAAUUGAUUCUACCGAAAGACUUUAUACAACAAUGAUUAAACAUCCACCCAAAUCAAAAGGAGGAUUCAAGGGUGAAAAGGAGGCUCCUGAAGCAACUCAAAAGCCUUCUAAAUCAACAAAAUCACAAGCUGGAGCAACAACUGAAAAGGCUGCAAUCGAUGAUGGUACAUGGUCUCUAGAUAUUUCACAAGAAGCUAUCAAGAAGAGACGUGAAAUGGAAGGUCUCUCAGAAAGAUUUAGAGAAUUGACAAAAGGAGUUGAGGAUGAGGAUGAAGAAGAAGAGGAACAAGAAGUAUCACCUGUAUCAAUUUUGAAACAAUUCUUAGAGGUUAAACCUAAUGCAACUCCUGUUCAAAUCUAUCAAGCUACCAGAAAAUUGAAGAAUGAUUAUAAUUUGACUGAUAAGGAUUGUGUGUGUUUACUUUACGAAGCUCUAUUUACCCCUGAGAAUAUCUUGACUGAUAUUCCAAAGAGAGCUCCUCUCUUCAAGCCAUUCAUUUCCUCAAGUGGUCAAAAACUUAUUUUGGGAUAUACUGAAGAAUUAGUGGGCGUAAAAGAUAUUAAUCUUGUCACCCAAACAUCUGUGAUAUUACUCCAAUUCUAUAGAGCAGAAUUAUUGACCAAGGAGGUUUUAGAAGAAUGGUUGUCAAAGAAAAAGUCCAGAUUCAUUAAGGAUUCUGCUGUUGUAGCCAAGAUCAAGGAAGCAGCCAAGCCAUUCGGCGAAUAUUUAAUGGCCAAUAGCCAAUAG